GGCCUCUCAAAACGACUCAAAGAAGGGAGGCAACUUUCGGGAAACAUUGCAUUGUGGGUAAUUUCAUCAUCGGAGUGACGCAAUGAUGAACGAACAUUAUGAAAAAGAUGGUGUCAGUUGUGAGAACCAGCAUAGCACAGAUUUUAUGUGCCAACAAACAGAGGACGAUGAAGGUGAGACAUCGGUUACAUACCAGAUCAUUGGUCAGCAGAUGACGGAGGAUGGACAGAUGCAGCUCACCCUGUCUGAUGGGGUCAACAUCAUUCAAACUACCAUGGCCUCAGAACAACUCCACCAGCUUGAGUUUAAUGAUGGUGUUCAACUGCAGACCUCUGAUCAGAAAACUGGUUCAGAGGUGUUAGAGUCAGCGGCUGAUCUACAAAGCGAGGUUGAAGGAGAAUCAAGACUCACAGAUGUCCAAUUGGACAGUGGGACUCCGACUAGCAGUUUGCGACAGGCGAUCCAGGACAGUAUAGGGGACAACCUGCAGGAAAUGGAUCACCAAUCAGACACAGUGACACAACCUAACAUCCCUACGCAGCUAGUGCCGGCCCCGCAUAGACAGUCUGCAUCAGUUGCUGUAUAUGUUCCUGAAAACCAGUCAUUAACAGAUACACAGAUAUCUCUGCCAGCCAGUGACCAACACAUGAAUAUGCUUGACGUUAUAAACACAACUUCAACAUCACAAAGCUUCACCCAAGAAGAAUUUAGUGUGUCAAAAUUGCAACCUGAAACACAUGUGCCUGAGACAGACAUUACACAAAGUGCCGGACAUGAGGUGGGAGCUCCAGUUACAGAGAAAAGCGUAAAGGAGGAGACCAAGGUGAAGCAGCCAGACCUCUCCCACCCCAUAGAGGUCACCGAUCACAUGGAGGUCAUGGUCAAGGGCAGGAAGUGCAUGCUCAAGGUCAACCCUGACACCGGCCAGCUCUGUGCUUACCCUCUUAUCACACCAGGCAAAAAGAGGGGACGUCCAAGAAAAAUGGUCACAGAGAAGAAAUCCUCGCCUGAGAUCCGCCCAAAGCCCCAGGAGUUAUCAGUGGCGGGAGAUGAUGAUGUACGACGGACUACAAGGAGACAGAGAACCAAGCCAAAGACAUUCUGUGAUUACGAGGUGUAUGAGGUGACAAGUGAUGAUGACGCGGCCAUUGACGAGGGUGAGGAUGAAGUACUGCCGACAGGGGCCGUCCGACGCCGCAAAAACCCCGCCAACAAGGAGUAUAUCCCACCAACACCCAUACAUGUGCCUGGCACUGUGAAGCGAGGUCGUGGAAGACCCAGGAGAUAUCCUCGCCCUGAGGAUAAGCAACCAGUCAAUCAGAUUUCAGCAAUGAUAAUCCCCACCAGUGAUGGACAAACAAUCAUGAUGGCUCCUAUUCAGGGCCUAACCAACCUUGAGGACCUUCAACAGCAGCUGCGGAACGUUCCAUUACUGCAAGGACAUGGGGAGCAGGAUGGCUCACAGUUCCUCAACAUUGCAGGCCUUGUGGACUCCUCAGGGGAUGGAAAUAUGGUUAGUAUCCAGUUCAGCACAGGGGUCGACUCCCACGGCAAUGUACAAUUGCGUCCCUUGGAACCAGACACUUCCACAACACCUGCAAUUGCCGGGCAACCAACAAUCCUCGCCCCCAUGGUUUCUCAGGAAACCACAAAUCCUACCCAUGGUGGUCUGACACAGAGUCUGACACUAGUCCAGGAGGGAUCUGUUGGGCCUGGUGUGUCCAGUGAUACCCUGCCAACAUCAAUCAUUGAUACAAAACAAGAGAUUGACCCGGCCUCUAUGGUUGAUCAAACCCGAGGGAUUAACACUGUCCCUGUUCUUGACCCUGGUGUUGAGGGGGAGGGGGAUUUAGCCAGUGAUGUGCCUGAUGAGAUUGAAACAGUUGGAGCAGAUCUGCUGAAUGGUGAAGAGGAGAUGGAGGAGGACACGUCUACGGACAUCAAGUCAGUUCUUGGUGAUGCAGACCCGGCCCUUGUCAGUGAAGACAUGAUACGUGAGGCGAAGGAUGAAAUCUCCACAGACAACUUCACUCCAAUGUCUGCUGACGAGUUGGGAGAGACAGGGGUGGCCAAGACGGACAUCAGUGGCCCCACCAUUAUUCGCAUUCCGGAGACUCUGCUCCCCAUGUUCACACAGAAAAAGGAACCAGUCGCAAUAGGUCUGAAGGCAUCUGAGUUGCAACUAGAAAAGCUAAAAUGCCCCAAGUGUGACUUCCAGUGUUACUAUGAGCAGCAGUACCAGGAUCAUAUUGGCACACACGGGGAUCUUGUGCACCACUGCAAAUGUUGUAACUAUGUCUCCUUCAGCAAGCAGGAACUCAUCAACCACUUCAAGAAGGUGCACCCUCGAUGUAUCUGCUCAUUCUGCGACUUCAUGGCUGACCAGGCUUACAUUAUCAAACGACACAUGAUGAGACACACACAGGAGGGCUGCCGAUGUGACAUCUGCGGUAAAGUCUAUAAGGACACAUAUGUGAUGAAGAUGCACGUGAAGAUGGUUCACAUGCCGGCCGAAGUCCUGUACGAGUGUAAUACAUGCAGCAAGAAAUUCUCCCGUAAGGCCCACCUGAAGCGUCAUCUACGUAUACAUGAGCCAGAAAAACCAUACAAGUGCCCCCACUGUUUGUACAGGGGAUGUGAGCGAUCAGACAUCAAUAAGCACAUGUUGAUACACGAGGACCCCAAACACGCUUGUGAGGUGUGCGGCAAAAACUUCAGGCACAUGAAGAACAAGGAACUACACAUGAAAAGACACUCGGGUCAGCGAGACUACAAAUGUGGAGUGUGUGAUUUCUACGGCUACACGUUCACCGACAUUCGCAAACACAUUGAGCGCAAACAUACCGACAACAAAACAUACGUCUGUGAUAAGUGUGGAUCCCUCUUCAGAUCGGAAAUGCUACUCAGGGAUCAUAAGUCUGUGUGUGACGUUAUGAUGAUCGAGCAGGCACUGGCGAUCGCACGAUCUGACGGUGGAACGACACAGGCCACGAUUACGUUCCCAUGCAACUUCAACCUCCCGACCACAAUUGUAGCUGGUCAGUCUGUGAUGGAGGAUGGGGGGCAGUCAGUGAUCAGUGAGGGGGGUGAACUGGCUGAUGAUGGGCAGGCUGACACAGUCACAGAGAACACAAUAAACCUGACCGAGGACCAGAUGCGAGCGAUCGCGAGUGGGGAGUUAACGGAGGAGGACCUACAGAUGCUUGUGUCACAGUCUCAAAUCUCCCCGGCAGAGCUGCAGGCCGCCGUAAGCCAGGGACAUGUCACUCCAGCUGACCAAGAGCAAGGGGAGAUUAUCAUGGAGGUAGAACAUCAGGAUGAUGCCCUAUACAGCAAUGGUGUUGUUGUGACAGAGACCAGCGCCAGUUCCCUGCAGCCAGAGUUGUUGUUCAGGAGCUCGACCAGUCUCCCUGGGGAUGAGGACGGGGAGGAGAUUGAGGGGGAUGGGGGUGGUGGAAUUGGGUGAGGUCCCCAUUGAGGGGAUGGGCAGUGAUGGAGAGGAAAAGGCUACCAUGGCAACGGACCAGAUGCUCAACAUGGUCAGUAUCAUCAGAUGACAGCCAGUCUGCCCUUGCUAGGAUAAAUCACGCUCAUGAGUCUCGGGAGCUCAGUAAGGUUAUCAAUCUGCCACGCCAUUAGAUCAACCCAGCAAUAUGGCGUUUGUAAGGGGUUUCUUUGAAGGACUGAACUGGAGAACGAAUGGACAGUUUAGUGUUGAGAAGAUUGUUGAAAAUGUGGACACACAAGAGUAUAUCAAGAAGAGUGAACUGUGUCUUGUUCCAUGAGAUGAGUUUGAUGUUGCACUGGACUGGAGCUUGGAUUGAUCACUAGUCAUGUUUGUGAGAUUGACAGCAAUUGUGUUUUAGAAGUUUUGACAUGUAUAUUGUCAAACUGAACAGGAAAUUACUGGAAAAAAUUGUAACUAAGUAAUUCGCAGUUCUUGAAAGGCUUUGUUUUUAAUGUUGUAUGGCCUCAAGUUCACUCCUGCUUUCUGGGCAUGUAGAACAGAGUUGACACAGUUUAUGAUUCAAACAUAAAAUUGAUUAAAAUAAAAAUGAAUUGUUUACCACCCUUGUCCCAGUAUUGUUUUACAAAAAUUGCAACGACCACAGAUAUUUUAUUAUACUAUUUGUUUAGUGCUCGAAGGGAAUUUAGCUUGCUUAUAGCUCAGGAAAUUGGUAUGGUAUUUAAUUGUUCAUAGAUGAAAUAAUGUGUUCACUAUUUUUGUUAUUUAUUUAUAAGUUAUUUUUUCUGAUGGCUAAUGAAUAUUUAUUGCAGUGUCUUUUCAUGUUUUAGACUUCUAAAUAAAAUAAGUUGAAACAG